AUGGUUUUGUCCUUGCUUCUCUUGUUAUUCCAAUUACUCAUCUCAUCAACAAAGGGAGAUAUGGUUUGCAUCCCAAUUGGAAAUGACUGUUUGAGUGGUUUUGAUAUUACUGAGAAUUCAUAUCAAGUAAGGCAAUGCACUCACAUUCACAUCACUUCCAAUUUUUUAUUCGAUGAAAAUUGUGGAACGAUCUUUGUAGACUCUCCAAUUUUAGUAAUCAAAAAGUCGGGGGUUCUUAUCACAGUGAGUGAGAACUCAUUUAUUGUUGAUGGGGGGCUUCAAAUUGAAGAUAAUUUGGCAGUGAUAAUCAAGGGGUAUGUCAACAUUGAAAAAUAUAAAGUGUUGGUUGUACCACAAACAGCGACAAUUCAACUGGAUGAAGAUUACACUCCAACAACCAUGUUUUUAUUGUAUUUCAAUUUGAUAAUGAAUAGAAAAAUGACAAUAACAAAAGGAUUAAACGUUUAUAAAAAUACAACAGUGAAUGGAAGGCUUAAUGUGAAUUCUUUUGAAAUGAUUAAUGCUCGAUUAAUGGUGACAGGGUCUAUUAUUGCGGAUCAAUUUAAUUUGAGUGGAGGUGAAUUAUACAUUGAAGGUGAUGGUAUUGUAGAAGUACUUGAUUAUUGUAAUAUAAAGCAAACAGAAUGUGCAACAAACAUGGACACAACACUUUCAGUAAAGUAUUUAACUUUACUGGAUGGUACUGGAUUCCAGAAUUAUGGGAGUGUUGAAGCCACAACACUUGAUAUGAACGGAACUUCAAAAUUCAACAAUUACAACUCUUUGGUUAUCAACACUAGAUUUAGCACAAGAAAUUCAUCGAUCUACACUCACAACUCUGAUAAGCCCGUGACUAUUUAUUCAAAAGAAAUACAUUAUACUUGCACAACAUCAACAUUUCAAGACAGAUGUGUUGUAUUAGAAACAAAUGGUGCUUCCUUGUUAAAAAUAGUCAAAGGAAAUACAAUCUCAUCAACCUUCAACAUCUACAAUUAUGGACAAUUGAGUCAAAGGCUUAAUGUUAGCACAACUAGCGCCACUUGUGUUAAUCUUAUUUCCUUUCGAAACCAAUACAAUAUUGAUGUGACUAAUCCAUCAUUGUUUGAACUGAAAAAAAUGUCAAACAAUAGACUUAUUCGAAUAUGCCCAUCUAGUUUGGAAAACAAAGAAGUGACUUGCCAAAUGAACCAAACGUGGUACAGUCCAUCAAACAAUCCUUUUGGAUUCACAGAAAUGUACUGUCCUUGUAAUUUAAAAACUGAUAUUGAGCAGUGCACAAUCACUUACACUUUAGAUGGAACAAAAAGUCUUACAUUUGAUGGACCGAUACACGCCAGAUUCUCUGGAGAUACAGGAAAAGUAGUUUUAAAUUCUUUUGUAUUUACUGUUGGAGGUACAAUGAGAGAAGUAUUCGUAACAAACCAUUUCUCAGCAGCGACGAACUGUGGGGCAAGUUUUGAGUUUAAUGUGUCUUUAAUGAAACAAGUUGGGUCAACAAACGACUACGUUAUAAAUUCUGUUUGUGAUGAAAGAGUGUCAACAAUUGAUAUGCAGUACAAUCAAUACUCUUCAUCAACAAUUUUGACUAUUAAUAGCAUGUCUUCUUUGGAUUUCUAUUAUUAUAAUGGAUAUCACGACUUUGGUGAUUUCCGGUUUAAGUCUUUGACACAAUCUGUUGUUGAAUUUUCGUCUCAAUUUGGGAUCAAACCAGAAGGGUCGGAUCCGUGUAAAUCUGGAAAAUUUGAGAACGGAAUUUUAAAAUGUGAUUAUUGUUUUAGUGGAUCAUAUAUUGAAGGUGGAUAUUGUUACUCAUGUUCUAAUCGAGAUGGCUGUGAAAGUUGUGAUGGUACAAAAUGUACACUAUGCAAAACUGGAUAUUUCUUGACAAUUGAUAACAUUUGUGCUCUUUGCACAACAAUCAAAAAUUGUACUAAUUGUGAUAAAAAGACGGGUUUGUGUAUUGGAGAGUGUCUGGACACUUAUUAUAAAAUGGAUAGUAAAUGUUAUUCAUGCACAACAAAACCAAAUUGCGAAAAAUGUAGUACCACAGAAAACAAGUGUUUAAUAUGUACUUCAGAUUCUUAUCCUUCAUCAUCUCAAUGCUCUUUGUGUAGUACAAAAAUAGGGUGCUCUAAAUGUAGUCAAACAGAAGACAAAUGUACUGUUUGUAAAAGUGGAUAUUACCCAAAUGGAUCUGGAUGCACUUUAUGCACAUCAAAUACAAUGAACUGCAAAACUACCAACUGUUCCACAACAACUCAAGACUGUUCAGAUUGUAAAGACGGGUAUUAUUUAUCAAAUGGUAAAUGUCUUUCUUGUUUGAACAACAACUGUGUGGCCGAUUCAAGGUACUGCAACUCAAUAUCUGGUUACUGCACUUCGUGUAUUUCUACUUAUUUUCCACAAAACGGAGCUUGUGUUUCUUGUAGUUCUAAGCCAAAUUGUAAUGUCUGUGAUCAAACAAGCGAUAGAUGUACCACUUGUGUAAAUGGUUAUUAUCCAGUUAAUAGCGGUUGUUCAUCUUGUGCUUCACAAAAUUGUCAAACAUGUUCGUCUUCAAAUGGAACGUGUACUUUAUGCAAAGAAAAUUAUUAUUUAAGUGGAGCUAAAUGUAUUCAUUGUAAUAACAAAUAUGGGUGUUCGGUAUGCAGUCAAAGCGAAGACAAAUGCAUCACAUGUAACAUGGGUAAUUAUCCAUAUAAAGAAACGUGUGUAUCAUGUUCAGCAAGAAAUUGUAAAACUUGUGAUCCAUCAACUGGAGAAUGUUUGUCGUGUGAUAUGAACAAUUAUCUAAACAAUGGCGAGUGCAUUAUGUGUUCAUCCACAUUCUCCAAUUGUUACAAAUGUACAAAAAAUUUGUGUUUAUUAUGUUUAUCUAAUUUGUAUUUCCUUGAUAAUGGAAAGUGUUUGAGUUGCCAGAUGAAGGCGAACUGCUCGGAGUGUUCUCCAAGUUCUAAUGCAUGUACUGAAUGUUACAACGACAAUUAUCCAAGUGGUUCCAAUUGCUUGUUAUGUUCACAACAAAUGUGUAAAACAUGUGACUCAAAAAAUGGGAAUUGUACAUCUUGUUUGACUGGUUAUUUUCUUAACAGUAACAGUAAUAAGUGUAAUGUCUGUUCAUAUCAAUGUGCGAGCUGUAGUUCGUUAAAUACAUGCACACUGUGUUAUUCUGGAUAUUAUUUACAAAAUGGCGCGUGUAAUUCAUGCUCACAAAAAUUGAAUUGUGAACAAUGUAGUACCACAAAUAACAAGUGUUCAAGAUGUGAACCAAAGUAUUACCCACUUGAAAAUUACUGUUCAACGUGUACUUCAAAAAAUUGUUUGGUUUGUGGACAAAGUGAUGGUUUGUGUACCUCGUGUCUUGAAAGAUAUUAUUUGAAUAGUUCGAGUUGUAAACUAUGUUCAGAGGUACUAACAAAUUGUGAAACAUGUACUUCAAAUAUUCAAUGCACAAAAUGUGAAAAUGGUUAUUUUUUGAUCAACGGAAAAUGUCAAGCUUGUAGCCAAAAGGAUAAUUGUGAUUUGUGUAGUACCGAGCAGAAUCUCUGCUUGACUUGUAAAUCUUCAUAUUACCCUUCCGGUGUUGGAUGCUCGCCAUGCAUCUCCAAAAAUUGUUUAUCAUGUGAUUCUACAAAUGGAAUGUGUUCAUCAUGUGUUGAUGGAAUGGGUGUUACCGAUGGUUCAUGUUCUCGUUGUGAAGUUUCCAACUGUUUGAGGUGUUCUGGAAAUACUUGUUUGGAAUGUUCGAGCAAUUACUACAUGAUGAACAACAAAUGUUUGAAUUGUGAUAUAUCAAAUCCAAUGCAUUGUAAUACAAAUCAAUGUUCAAGUACAGACUCAUCUUGUUUAUCUUGCCAAAUCGGUUACUUCUUAACAAACAAAAUGUGUGUUUCUUGUUCUCAGAAUAACUGUAACACGUGUGACUCAUCUAAUGGUAAUUGUGUGACGUGUUUACCGAAUUACUAUUUGAAUGGCACUCUUUGUAAUAGCUGCUCAUCAACAAACCCAAUGAAUUGUGAGGAAAAUAAAUGCAGCACAACUUCUUCACUCAAAUGUGAAACAUGCAAAAUAGGAUAUUAUAUCAACAACUUUUCUUGUAUAUCAUGUGAUACAAAUGGUUGCGCUUCUUGUGAUAAAACAACUGGACAGUGCACAAAUUGCCCACUUAAUAAGUAUUUAAAAGAGGGGAAUUGUUUAUCUUGUGAUGUUACAAAUGAUCUUAAUUGUGAGCCUAACAAAUGCUACACAACGGGACAAAAGUGUUAUAUUUGUAAAGAAACAUUUUACUUGGAAAAUUCCAUGUGUAAGACAUGUGGAACAAACAAUCCCAAUCAUUGUUUGGAUAAUUUCUGUGAUCCUACAACAGAAGGACAGUGCAUUCUAUGUCAAAGUGGAUAUGUUCUAAAAAAUAAGAAAUGUGUGAAUACCGAGGAAUUAAUUGAAGGAUGUGAACAGGCACUUUCGGACACCUUUUGUGUAAAGUGUAAGUCCCCAUAUAAAUUAUUGAACGGGAGUUGUUAUCAAUUAGAAUGUACAAAUAAGGAUACAAUUCAAAUCUCAUUGGAUGUAUCUUGUAGUGCAAAUUGUGACAAUGGAAUAUCUCUAAUACAUCAAUGUGGAGGCACCAUUUCACAUUGUUUUAAGAUGUUGUUUACUGGAAAUAUCGAGACUUCAAAAUGUCUCCAAUGUCAAGACAAUUACAAGAGUGAAGGUAAUCAAUGUGUUCCAAAUAAACUGAAUGGAUGUGAUUAUCUCAUUGGAGAAACGUGUGUGUUACCGUCACUUGGAUAUUAUCUUUUUGAUGGCAAAACAAAUGAAUGUGACAACAGACAUUUGUGUAAAGCAAUAAUCUUACAAGAAAGUGACACAAUAAAAGAGUCGUUGAACAAUAGUACAUACAAUUUGACAUUUAGUUCAACAAAAUCAAAUGAAAUUAUUACUAUUAUAGAAAAUUAUGAGUGUUCUGAUGGAUUUUCUAUGGUUAAAAACGUGGAAGGAAAUUUUGUUUGUAAUGUAAUGGACUCACAAUGCAAUUCAAGUGGCAACGGAUAUCAAGGAACCCGUGAGUGUAUAUUCUGUAAUGGUGGAUAUUUCAUUAAAGAAGGAUCUUGUUCAUCAUGUACACCACAUUGUACAAAGUGUGAUAUUGAAAGGUGUUAUUCGUGUGAAUUAAAUUACAUAUUAUUAGAUGGAAUAUGUAUUGCAAAAAGUGAAAUAAAAUGUGAUCAAUCGAGUGUGGAAACUUCACUUUGUAUUUCAUGUGAAGAAGGGUAUUCGUUUGAUGAUAAAGGUAGUUGUCAAUACAAUAACAUUGACCCUUUGUGUAGAUACAGAAUUGAUAACAAAUGUGUGUUAUGUAAAACAAACAUGAAAGAAGCUAAUGUUUGUAACGAUAUCAUUGAAGACGUCAAAAAGUUGCACCAAAAAUCUCUUUUUAAUAGCGCAAAUGUCACAUAUAAAACAGAAGGAGAUGUUAAUAAUUAUGCCAAUUCAUGUCUUAUAACGACGCCUUCUGGCUGUGUCAGAUGUAAAAAUGAGUUUUACAUUUCUGGAUUUGCAUGUUUUCCAUGUGACUUAAAUUGUAAAAUAUGUGACCCACAUCAGUGCAUCACUUGUAGUUCACAAACUGCUUUAAAAGAAGGAAAGUGUGUUCCAAUCAACGAAGUUAUGACCAACUGUACUACAUUGAUGCCACAAAGUAUUGGAUGCGCAAAAUGUAAUGAUGGGUACUAUAGAAAUGGAUUGAUUUGUGAGGAAUGUCCAAUUGGGUGUUCGACGUGUAACGACAAAAGUUUAUGUUUUUCGUGUGAUAUUGGAUUUUUUAAAACAAGUGCAAUGGCUCUUUGUGAAUCAGAUAACAAAUUAUUAAAUUGUGUUAAUAAAACUAUAACAGGGUGUACUGAAUGUGAAAGGGGAUAUUAUCUUGAAAACUCAUUUUGUCUUAAAUGCUCUGAGUUGUGUUCCACGUGUAACAACGGGAAUACAUGUACCUCAUGUGCUGAUGGAUAUGUCAAAAAUACACUACAAAGUGAAUUUACGUGUAAACACUAUACAACUAUAGACAAGUGUGUAUCUACAUCCAACUCACUUUGCUCACAAUGUGAGGGAAAAUAUCGGCUUGGUGAUGAUGGUCUUUCUUGUGUGGAUAUGAGCAAAUUGAUCAUCAUAAUCCCAACAAUAUCUGUGAUAGUUAUCUUCAUUAUAAUAAUUGUCAUAGUAGUAAUAAUAACGCUUGUUGUUCUCCACAAAAAGGAGAGCGAGGAAAAGAUGAAAGACAUUUGCACAUUUCAAAUGAACCGAAGUAAUGUAAAUUUUUCAAAUGAAAUUGGAUCACAUAUAGUAGCUAAUAAACAGUAUUUGUCUUUUAGUGAAGAUUUGGAGCAAAUAAAAGUGAACGAAGAAACAAAAGAAAUUUUGUGUAUUGGAAACACGGGAAAAGAUCGUGUUAAAAUACAAAUUAGUUCCAAAGAGGAUAGCGAUAAAUACACAAUACGAACAAACCCAAAUUUAAUCACUUUAAAAAAGGGAGAGGCGUGCGAAUUUGAAAUAUUCAUAACACCACUGUGUACAUUUAAAAUUGAAGACCAACUUAAAGUGAUUUCUCUCGUAAUGAAAACAGGAGAAAAGUUCACAGAAGACAUCAAAAUGAAAAUCGAAACUGAAAUGUCGACACGACUUGAUCCAGAUGAGUUACAAGAUAUCAAAGCAAUAGGGGAAGGUUCCUUUGGGGUUGUGUAUUUGGGAGAAUAUAGAGAGAACCAGGUGGCUAUUAAGAAGAUGAAACACUUAGAAAAUGAUGAUGGUCUUAUUGAAUUUGAGAAGGAAGUUGCUAUGUUGGACAAAUUUAGAAGUGAUUAUAUCGUCCACUUCUAUGGAGCUGUGUUCAUUCCAAAUAAAGUGUGUUUGGUCACUGAAUUUGCUGAAUUUGGAAGUUUAGCUGAUUUAAUGAAAAAGCGAAGGAAGAAUGCAGUCACAUCAAGACUUAAAAUUAAGUUCAUGUUGGACGGUGCAAAAGGAUUGUUUUAUUUACAUGAGAACGGGAUACUACACAGAGACGUUAAACCAGACAAUAUUUUAAUUGUUUCACUCAAUGAAGGAGUGUUAGCGAAUGGCAAACUAACAGACUUUGGGUCGUCGAGGAACGUGAAUAUGUUGAUGACUAACAUGACUUUCACGAAAGGAAUUGGAUCUCCUGUGUAUAUGGCGCCGGAAGUCCUGAAACAAGAGAAGUACAAAAAACCGGCCGAUGUGUAUUCAUUUGCAAUUACUAUGUAUGAAUGCUUUGCGUGGAGAUGUGCAUACGUCGAUUUGGCAUUUAAAUUUCCAUGGAAGAUAGCUGAAUUUGUUGUGGGUGGACAUCGGUUAGAUAAGCCUAAUGAUGUCGAUGAAAAAGUGUACAAUCUUAUUACGUUGUGUUGGUCACAACAUCAACUAGAGAGAUUAGAAAUUGGGGAUGUUGUGAAUAAGCUUCAAAAACUUUAUUAA